AUGCUUCCUCGCUGCCUACCGGGUCUUUUUCCCCGUCGACUGUUCUCUGUUUCGAGCAGGAUGGCUUCCAUGACUCCGUUAGAGGAUGCCAUGCGCGAUAAGGCGAGUUUCUCGGUGGUGGUGGUGGUGGUGGUGAUCGCUCAUGCCUUUACACCCUCUACGCUGAUUAUUCGCAACGAUUCUCAUAAGCAUGCGCACCAUGCUGCUAUGGAGGGGUCGACGUCCAAGGAGACGCAUUUCCAUGUGACGAUUGUUUCGGAUUCCUUCGAGAAGAAAAUGCAGCCUGCUAGGCAUCGGAUGGUCUAUGCUUUGUUCAAGGAGGAGAUGGCUCGUGAGGGCGGACUUCAUGCGCUCCAGCUGAAGACGAAGACGCCGGCCGAGGAACAGCGCGAGAAGGAGAAGGAGAAGGCCUAA